GCGUGGCAAUACCAUAAUCAUCCAAAUGAGGAGAUAGAGGAUGAGUUGUUAGUUGAAACUUUAGACAUGGCAGCAAAGUAAUGAAACAUUAUUAGCUUCAGAAACCGAACCAUGGCAUUAGCACCGUUCGGUUCUGCAAACUCCAACACUUUGUUUCUCACUCUUCCAACACCACCACCUCACAAUCAUCCUACCUCAACUGUCACUUUCUAUUCUCACCAAAGAUCUAUUGUUUGUUCUGCUUCUAAUAAACCAUCCAAUUCUUCUCAAAUUAGCUCUAUAGCCAAGAUAAGGAGCGAGGUUCUAUCACCCUUUCGAUCUGUGAGAAUGUUCUUUUACAUUACUUUUGUUGCAAGUGGCUCUCUUGGAACACUCAUAGCAACCUCACAACUCAUUGCUGCACUGGCUAAUCCUUCAAGAGCAUCCGAAGUUUCCGAAAUUCUCAAAGGUCUAGGCAUUGACAUUGGAGCAGUGUCAUUGUUUGCUUUCUUGUACUUCAAUGAGAACAAAGCCAAGAAUGCUCAAGUUGCUCGGCUCUCGAGAGAGGAAAUCUUAUCGAAUCUUAAGCUUCGUGUGACAGAGAAAAAGAUCAUACCAGUUAGUUCAUUGAGAGGGAUUGCUCGAAUUGUAAUAUGUGCUGGUCCAGCAUCCUUCAUAACUGAGUCUUUUCAGCGCAGUGAACCUUUCACUGAAGGUCUUUUGGACAGAGGUGUGCUUGUUGUUCCUUUUGUAACGGAUGGAAAUUCACCUGUUUUGGAGUUUGAGGAGACAGAGAAACUUGCCACCAGAAGGAAGAGACUAUGGCAGCUGGCUCCGGUUUACAUCAAUGAGUGGUCCGGGUGGUUAGAUGAACAAAAGAAGUUGGCAGGUGUAUCCUCCGAGUCUCCUGUGUAUCUAUCUCUACGCAUGGAUGGUCGAGUUCGUGGUAGUGGUGUUGGUUAUCCUCCAUGGAAUGCUAUGGUUGCACAAUUACCACCGGUGAAUGGAAUCUGGACCGGACUAUUAGAUGGCAUGGAUGGUAGAGUUUAGAAGAAGGAGUGCAGCCUUAGGUUUCUUUUUUUUCAUUUUUUUCCUCUCACUUUGUUUCCUUAUAGUGGAUAUAUUCUAUCAAACUUUUAUGAAUUGGUCUCUGUAUAAAUUUCUCCUUAGCCUUCUUACAAAUUGAACUUUUUUUUGCCGGUUAAUUAAUAUAUACAUAUUUAAUGGCUAUUGGCUCAAUGAGAAAUUUUGAUA